AUUCGAAGUGCACGCGCGUCUUAUGUAUACUCGGCAACAACGAUCCUUUCCGCAAGACGUGAAUGGCUGGCCUACCUGUAUUUCCUGAAGCUCAACAAGCCCAGAUAAUUCGUGCCCAUCAACGCGAUUUGUAUCAUGUCUCCUCAUUGAAAGAGCAAACCGAACACGUUCUGAGAGCUUGGUUAGGUCGGCUCCCUCCCAGUUUCAUCGCGAGUGUGAUUCAUGAAACUCUUCAAAAGGAACCCGCUGGUUAACAAGAUGGGGAAACGAAGUUGAACUACUUGUGAGGCUGAUAUACUACGGCUUUACAACAGGAAGGGCCAUGCAGACACUAGGAGAGGAAUACACUGAUAUCUGGCAACACUCGACUUCCACUCGUCAGACCCCUCCAUCACUUUGGGUGAGAUCGGCGUUGGUUCUUCUGCCUACAUUACCGUCCUAUAUCUUGGCUCGGUUUGUCAACAUUCAACUGGUCGAAAUGCGAGUACCGCGGUUAGCCGCACUACUUAAGACUUUACCGAGCACUCUAGAGAUCCUCACCGAAGUCAAUCUUGCGGCUUUCUAUGUCCGAGGGAUGUACUAUGACAUUUUCAAACGCUUGAUUAGCGUUAGCUAUUUGUCGUCAAAACCUGAGAAUCCCCAUGUCCGACAACCAAGUUAUUCACUCCUUGGGAUCUUAAUUGGAGUCAGACUGCUUUACCGCUUGGUCAAGCUUACCCGGACUUUCGCUCAAAGUGAGGCGAAAUCUGGCUUGCAUAGUAAAGAAGAGUCUAGAUCAGCAAGUACAAAACACCACGAAACCUAUCUUGACGACCGCCCAGUUUCAGCGCUUUUGAAAAUUGAGCUAGAAAGCGAACCUGCAAAGGCGGCGGAGGAGGACGAAAGAACGAUGCUCGACAUCCCCACAAUACGUCCAGAAAUUCGUGCAUCCAGAAAUUGCACGUUAUGUUUGGAAGAACGUACUGAUACUUGUUCAACCGAGUGUGGGCAUCUAUUCUGUUGGAGCUGUAUCGUUGGAUGGGGCAGGGAGAAGGCCGAGUGCCCGCUCUGUAGACAAUCGUUGAAUCUUAUACGUCUACUUCCCAUCUACAAUCUAUAGCCCAUUUGCACUAGCUAUAUACAAAUUACACGGGAA